AUGUCAUUAAUGCAAUUCGCACUGCUUUCGUGGAUUCUGGUAGCUGGAGCGGAAAAUGAGAUAGAUUUGUUAAUUCAACGAAAAAAGAUUGAAACAAAUGAACCGAUUAAGAUUUCAUCAUCAAAAAACAGUUUUAAAACGUUAGAAGAAAUGGUGGACAAGAUGAAUGAGAAACUGGAAAACAAUGUUAAACGACGAAAGGAUGCUUUGGUUAUGAAUAAAAUUCAGAUAUUUGUGAUAGUAGGCAUAUGGGUCCUUCUCUCUCUUCUCUGGAUCGCUUGUAAUGUGAAAAUUUAUUUAAGACGCAAAAGGAAUGUUCGCAAGCUGGAGAAACACUAUCAGGAAACAACCUUACAAAUGCUCGAAAACAAGAAGCAAGAAAUAGAAAAAAAGUCAGCAAAGGAAAAAGAAAGGCAACAUGGAAAGCAACAAAUGCGGAACUUUCGGCAAACCAAAGGAAAUGAUGAACUUACUUCUACGGUGAAUACUGAGGUUAGGACAAGUAUGGAAGAAGAAACUGAGAAUGUAAACGAACAAAGCAACUGUGAUACAACUGCUGAUCAGGGCGAUACGACUAGGAUAACUAAAAAUUAUAAACGAACAUUAAUGGAAGCAAGUGUUGUGCAGAAAUCGGAGAAACAAGAAAUCGAAAAUCGUAACAUGCUAACAGGAAAGAAUGGAAAGACAACCAGUGAAAGAGAGGAAAAUCGACAAUCAGUGAAAGAGAGAAAGAAAAAAAAAACUUUAGAGCGUAAAUUCAAGAGACAAGGAGAAGAAAUAAAAAAGCGAGACAAAGCAAUCGACAAAAAUAAAAAUGAUGAGAGAUUUAAAUAA